AUGACGAGAAAGGUAUCGAAUUUCUCGGAUCUGAUCCAAAGGGUGACGGCCUCAUGCAUGCUCCAACCACUCGCCGACGACAAGGAGGAAAGCCAACGCAAAGACUAUGAUGAGAACAAAGGUGGGUACGAGAACGAAGAGGAAAAGAAGUUGAAGCAGAUAAUGGAAGAGGUUUUCGAAGCAGUAUCGGCAAUGAAGAAAGCGUACGCGACCUUACAGGAAGCACAUUGUCCGUGGGACCCUCACAAGGUGAGCCUCGCUGACGUGGCGGUGGUGGCUCAGCUGAAAAAGCUCUCUCUGUUGAGGGAGAGGUUCCGGAGGAGAGAGACAGUGAUGCAUGGGCUUAAGACCAAGGAAUUACAUCUUCGUAAUCUUAACCUCUCAGUCUUGGGUAGUGAAGCUCAGAACAAACCUCGUAGGAAUCGACCUCACACAAAGACAAAGCUUGCCUGCACCACUCAAUUUCAAGGGGUUGCAUCAGCUCCGUGCCCACAAAUGUUCGAAGCAACAAUGGUGGAAGUAAAGGAAGCAUCAAAGUGCUUCACAUCUCUUCUCUUGACGCUCAUGCAAAAUGCAAAUUGGGACAUUCCUGCUGCAGUUCGUUCCAUAGAAGCUUCUACUACCACCACCACCAAUGGCAAAUAUAACGCUUUAGCAACAGAUGCAACAUCCACCAUGGUCUCAGCUCAACAUGCCAAGUAUGCCCUUCAAUCCUAUAUCUUCAGAAAAAUCUUCCAAGGAUUCGAUCACGAGACUUUUUACGUGGAUGGCACCCUCUCCACUCUCCUUAAUCCUCAUCAGUUUCGUCGUGACUGCUUCAGCCAAUACCAAGACAUGAAGUCAAUGGAUCCUUCUCAACUCCUUGGAAUCUUGCCAACAUGCAAUUUUGGCAAAUUCUGCGCCAACAAGUACCUUUCUAUUGUUCAUCCAAAGAUGGAGGAGUCCUUGUUUGGUAAUUUAGAGCAACAUAGUUUAGUCUCUGAAGGGAACCAUCCGAGGACUAAGUUUUACAAUGAGUUUUUAGGAGUGGCCAAAGCAGUGUGGUUGCUUCAUUUGCUAGCAUUCUCACUUGACCCUACUCCAACCCAGUUUGAGGCAUGUCGUGGUGCUGAGUUUCAUCCUCACUAUAUGGAAAGUGUGGUGAAAUUUGAGGGUGGAAGGGUUUUUGUUGGUUUCCCAGUUAGCCCCGGAUUUAGGCUUGGAAAUGGGUCUAUUGUUAAAGCUAGAGUUUAUCUGAUGGCCACAACAUAA